GAAAGAAUGAGCCAAUUUAACUGAUAAUUAACAGAAAUUUGGACCGACCCUUUUCAGUUUUUGGUACUCAUAAGUACCUUCUAGAUCUCUUAUAUAAUCUUACUUAAUUCCAGGGAAACAUAUAAAAUAAUGCUAAGACUUUAUAACAGCAUAAAGUUUAUGCAGGAACCAAUAAAAACCAAGAAUUUCAGAAGAUUUUUGUAAAAUGGGAGGUACUUCAUCAUCUCCAGUACUUCCUGAAGGUCUAGGAAGUGUUGCUUAUGAUCAAAAUAGUAUGAAACGUAAUCAACAGAUCAAAUUUGGAUCAGUUCAUACGCAGCAAGGUGGUAAAGGAGUUAAUCAAGACAGUGCUGUUCUUUGUCAGGGUUAUGGAUCAAGAGAUGGUGUAUUUUGUGGAGUAUUUGAUGGUCAUGGAAAAACCGGUCAUCAUGCAAGCAAGGCAAUCAAAUACCGGUUGCCAUUGCUACUGCUAGAUCAAAAGAAUAAUGCAGUGUCGUCGUCAGAGGCUAAUGUGAAUAACUUAGAAACCCAAUCAAGUAACAGCAGUGAUUCAUCACCAAACUUGGAAGUCCUUAAAUGGAAGGAGGCGUGUAUCAAUGCCUUUGAUGCAAUGGAUGAAGUGCUUAAGUCAGUCAAAAAAUUCGAUUAUUCUUUCAGUGGAAGUACUGCUGUAGUAGCUCUGAAACAGGGUGAUGAUCUUCUUGUUGCUAACCUUGGGGAUUCGAGGGCUAUCCUAGGGACUAGAGGCGAAAAUGGAGUAACAUCUGUUCAAUUAACCACUGAUUUAAAGCCCGGCACUACUGAGGAAGCCAAUAGGAUAAGGAGGUACAAAGGCAGGGUGUUUGCAUUGAGGGAUGAACCAAGUCUACAGCGAGCGUGGAUGCCUCAUUCUCAAAGUCCAGGGAUGGCCAUGUCUCGCUCCUUUGGAGACUUAGUUAUGAAGCAUUAUGGCAUAAUCUGUACUCCAGUAUUCACUCAUCACCACAUAACUUCGGAUGACCUCUUUAUCUUGCUUGCUACUGAUGGAGUAUGGGAUGUCCUUAGCAUUGAUGAAGUGACAUCAGCUGUAUGCGGCGCAGAGGAUGAAAAGAUGGCAGCAAAAGCAGUUGUAGAUGCUGCUGUUGCUGCAUGGAAGAAGAAGAUUCCACAUGACAAGCGUGACGAUUGCACUGCUGUUUGUUACUUUCUACAGAAAAAGAACAGAUCUGGUACAAGCUCACCUACCUCUUGAAAGAUGAGGUUCAAUUCAUUUAAACUAUCAUCAUAACAAAGGUUAAUAGCCGCUUAACUGGCCACUUUACUUAAGGUGAAGAAACCUUAUACUGUAGGCUACUGACAGUAAAUGUGUGAAGAUCAGUACACCUACUGACUAGAUAAGGUGAUUUGGGCUCGAAAUGGAGGGAUCGAUUGGACUCAAAGGAGUGAUUUUUCGCUUGUUAGUCAUGGCUGAACAAGCAAGCUUGAAAGAUUGUGGCUCGGAAUGGAAGGAUUUUGCUUGAAAUGAGAGACAUUUAGUCUAUUUUUUUAGAGGGAUUUGAGUUAUCUACUUCUUGAAUUCUGCCUCUAAUCUCCUCUAUCAAAAUGGACUGUUAAUGUGCAUUGUGCAAAUGGGUUGUGAAGGUCUUGUGAACAAGUAUAAAUGUAUAUGUCAGAUGACACCAAUACUUAAUUGCUGCCUUUUUUUUUUUUUUUUUUUCACUUCUUCUUGGGAGACUUCACAAAUGUGAUUAAGUUUAAUCUAAUUUUCGAUUAUAUACUAGUUUAAACUUGGGUUAUGUAUGUUGUUGGUUAUUACAUAUGGCUCAAUGUAAGCAUGAUAACGGAGUCAUGAUUCAAUCUGUUGGAACUCGAGGAUCUGUGCUGUGAAGCAUGAGCUUACUCUGCAGGAUAGUGCAUACAACUAUACAAGCUCGAGCUUUGGACAUGUACGCCGCGAAUUUAGAGGCCAUUUAUGCCAUGGCAAAAGGUUAUGUACAGCCUCAUUUCAGAGCAAGUAACCUUGUUUAGUUUCUUUCUUUUACUGAAGGAAGAAAUUGGGAGAGAACUGAUAUUUAUUUGUUUAGGAAUUCUUUCAAAAUUGUUUUGUAAGCAGCAUCUAUUAUUUUGUCCUGUAAUUGUUAUUCAUAAUGCUGCUAGAAUAUUAAAUUUGCUUUCUUAUUCUUGUUUCUAUUCAACUUCCUAUUAUUUCCGAGUCAAUAAAUUAUCUAGCUUUACGUA